CUCCCAGGGACGGCAAAAUGUUUUCCUGCUGCCGCUGUGUAAAUCCCAAGUCACCGAAACAGAAGGAAAAGUUGGCCGCGGGCAAGGGCGAUAAGAAUGCCGAGUCCGAGUCGGAGUCGGAGGAGCAGCACACCAAGCAGCCGAAAUCGAACGAAGCGCCGCCGGCGACGGUCAGCCACCUACCGACGGUGGAUAACCUUUCGCAGGAUGACGAGGAGAUCAAGAUAGAAAUAAUUGAAAACUCCGACAACCCACCGUCGUCGUCGGGGGGAUCGGCUGCGACGACGGCCGCCCUGAACGGGGGCCGAUCGCCGGCGGAACCCACGUCAGAGGGGGCUCCCGCGGGAACGCAAUCCCCUCUCGAUAAACGGCACCCGGCGGAAACGGAACCGGCGGCCCCAGGCCCCAAUGAUACCGAGCGGGCAGCAUCGUUGAACCUGGACGCAGCCUCGGCCUCGUCCUCGUCGCCCGCGAGCAAAACACCGUCGAACCUUGCGUCGGGUCAAUCGUCGUCCGCCGUGGUGACGGAGAUCGAAGCACAACCACUGGCCCACAACGAAUCGACCGAUGCCGAUUCGACCGGAGACGCCACCAAUACGCCUCAGGAAAUUCCGACCACCGUCGGGGAGCUACUAGCGGCGGAGGAGAAGCAAAAGUUGCCCGAUCCGCCCGGUCCGGAACGAGCCGAUUCCGCCGAUUCCAAGGCUCACAACGACGUGCCGCCGAAAGAAAGUUCGGAUGAGUGCCGUUCGCACGAAGAUAACGCCAACGGGACGCAGGGCCGGCGGCCACACCCGGAGCACCAGGAGGACGACGAAACCCCGGUGGAUGAUGCAGCGGGAAGGGCUUUCAUCUCCGACGCACCCGAAGGACGGCGAUCGGACGAACAGUUGCUCCCGGGAGCCACCGGACCGGACCCAAUCGAUGAUUCACUGGAAGGCGAAGAGACAGCGGAACCACCGCUACCACCACCACCACCACCGGUUGAUUCUUUAGCGGCGCCACCGGAAGACGAACCCGAACCGAUGGCGGAUGGAAAGGAGCAACAGCGUGAUUGUUGUGGCGCGAAAAUGGAGCGACUUCAAAGUGAACCGAGCAACAGCGAGGACACGAUUGAGGAGACGAUUGAUGUGGAAAAGUAUUUACUGCCCCAACGGAGAAGCGACCGGGGGGCGGAAAGUGACGACGAAAAUCCGCUCAGCAGCAGCAGCGACGGCAGUGCGGUGGCCAGCGGCGAUGAUGGCGCAAUCAGUGACAACGAAUCGAGCCCUUCGAGCGAGAAGAAGGGCUGCGGCGAGACUGAAACGACACGGGCGCCCGUCGCAGCGCUGUCGCCCAGCAACGAGGCUCAGGUUUCAUCGAAGCAUUCGAGCGGCGGCGAACACGACGACACGUCGACGCUGUCGGAGUCGGCCCCGCGAACGGCGCCCACCAACGGGGACAGCCCGUCCGGGAUCGAGGCGGACAACAGCAGUAGCCGGAAGGAGUCGGUCAACAGUGACGACACGACCAUCCGGACGCAGGUUUCCUUCCGCGAGAGCUGCCUGUCGCGCCGCUCGUCGUCGAAGUCGUCGGUCAAGAAGAAGGUGGCCUACAACGAGAGCACCGAGGUGAUACCACCGCCCGAGUAUCCGCCGCCGGAGGACGACGAUUCCGUGUUCUCCGACUCGAUCCCACCGAGGUUGCCGCGGGGCGACAUGUGUACGCCGUACGCAACCAAGCGCGGUUCGCUGCCGGGCAUGAUCGCGCUCCCGGACUGGUUUGCCGAGGAUCGACUCAUGAUGGAAGAGGGUGGCAUUAUGGAGCCACCGACUACGCCCAUCGGGCGCGAUGAGCUGGCAUUACGCAGGCAUCGGUUCUUCUCGGAACUGCUCAAUGCAGCCCAUGCCGCCGUGGAGCACCGGGUUCGCUUUGAUCCGCUCGGGCCCGAAAUUGCCAAGGUCCAGACGGAGGAGACGGAGGAAUCGGAGGAUUGUGAUCCGGAUCUGAAGCCUUCGUCGGCGCGUGAGCUAGAGUGUUUGAUCGAUCGCCUGGAGCGUAUUGUAGAUCGGUUAGAGCGUACGGUUUCGGCUCGGGAGUUGGAAGAAACUCGGCGUAUCCUGAAAGACGCUUGCGUUGUGGGUAAGGCGGCAAUCCAGAGCAACGACGGCAGGGCGAACACGGUCACUCGCAGGGCAGUUGUGAACCGGCAUGCAUUUUUGACGAAAGAACCCUCCGAACAGCGCGAUCUACCGACGGUUCUUCCCUCGACACCACCACCUUCGGCGUCGUUCUUGCACCAGCAGAUCGACAGUCUCGAGAGUAGCCUCUUCCCCGAGUUUACCGAUCGGCUGCAGGCACACGGGAGCAGCAGCGCCACCGCCACCGAACUAUCCACUGUAAUACAUACUCAUUCAUCCGCUUUUUUAAACCAUACUAAUCCUUUGACCGCUCAAGAGCAACGAGACAACGCAGUAUUAUCGUUCGCCACGCAGAACAGUGCCGUAGUAGUGCCGGCGGACCCAGUACCGAGAACGAUGAGUAUUAACGCGUACGAAGAUAUUAUGCUCGGCUCGUUCGCCAGCUUCCUGACGCUUGCCAACAAAAUCGGCGGCGAUGUCGCCACGCAAGCCCAGUUCGUGAAGGAAGCGUUCGACGUCCAGUUGGCGUUCCUGAAGGUGGCCGCGGCCUCGAGUGCUCCGUCGUCGAACGCCGAUUUGCAAAGUUUACUGAAACCUACCUCGGACAAGAUUGCGACCAUCCAAAGUUUCCGCGAGAAAAACCGUACCUCACCGUUCUUCAACCAUCUGUCCGCGAUCAGCGAAAGUAUUCCCGCGCUGGGAUGGGUCUGUGUGGCCCCAACUCCCGGCCCGUAUGUGAAGGAGAUGAACGAUGCCGGCCAGUUCUACACCAACCGUGUGCUGAAGGACUGGAAGGAAAAGGAUGCGACACACGUGGAGUGGGCUCGCGCCUGGAUCCAGACACUAACGGAGCUGCAACAGUUCAUCAAGCAACACCACACGACCGGUCUGGUGUGGUCGGGCAAGGAUAAACCGGUUGUCGGCGGGUCGGCCGUUCCUCCGCCACCACCACCCGGCGGUCUUCCUCCGCCACCACCGAUGAUGCCGCUGGGCGAUAUGUCCGCGGGCGGCGUAGGAGACGACCGUAGCGCCCUGUUUGCCCAAAUCAAUCAGGGGGCCGACAUAACGAAAGGUUUAAAGAAGGUGACGUCCGAAAUGCAAACGCACAAGAAUCCCGGUCUCCGAACGGGUCCCGCCCCGUAUAAGGCCCCCACGGCCGUUACCAAUGGCACCAAGUCGGUGGCGGCACCGGCCACCGCGAAGGCGCCGUCUUUUAUGCGCGACGGCAAGAAGUGGCUGAUCGAGUACCAGAAGAACAACGCCGAUCUGCUGGUCGAGAACGCCGAGAUGAACAACGUUGUGUACAUGUUCCGGUGCGAGGGCUCCACGCUGCAGAUCAAGGGCAAAAUCAACAGCGUGGUGAUGGACUCGUGCAAAAAGUGUUCCCUCGUCUUCGACACGAUGGUUUCGUCGGCCGAGUUCGUCAACUGCCAGAGCGUGCAGAUGCAGGUUCUCGGUAAGGUGCCGACGAUCUCCGUCGACAAGACGGACGGUUGCCAGAUGUAUCUAUCGGCGGAUUCGCUCGACGUCGAGAUUGUCAGCUCGAAAUCGUCCGAAAUGAACGUGAUGAUCCCGAAGGGAAGCACCGGUGAUUAUGUCGAGCAACCUAUUCCGGAGCAAUUCAAAACGGUUGUGAAGGGCACCUCGCUGAACACGACCUGCGUCGAAAGUCUCGGUUAAUCGGCGUCGUGUGUCCGUAUGCGCUGUGAGGUUUUGUGCGUGAGUUUUAUUACAAGUUUAAUGGUAAUUUUCGCCGACUACGGACAGGAGGACAAGGGGAGACCACACAUACAAACACACAUACACACAUACUGUCACUGCAAAUCAACUAGAAGUUACGCGUGCGAGCAAAAAGUAUAUAAUAUCAAAUUGAGUAAUUUUAAAAACAGCAAAUAAUGUCAUCAGAAUCAGAAUUAAUAGAGUUCCGUGCCGGAGUGGAGUGUUCUAGCGGGAGAAAGUCGCCGUUUUAUAUCGAACUGUGGUAGAACGCGUGUCUGUAUUCAAUCGGAACCAAGCUAUACAAGAAGCCAACGUGACUCACUUUCUAACACCACUUUUUCUGGUGGCAAAAACAUUCAGAAACGGACAUCAUUAUUCAUUUACACUAUUGGGAACAGGAAGAAUGCCCAUUUUCUUCACUAUCUUUGACCCGAUUGGGAGCAAGCUUCAGUCCUGCCUCAAACCGAUGCAAUGGAUUCCUUUUGUUUUUUACAUUUUGGCUACCCCUUAAUCCAUCAAAAGGCAUUUUAAAGCAAUCAAAUAAAUUACUCAUCAUCGAGGAACCAAUCGAACCAAUUCAGGCAGGCAAAUGAUCGUAAAUGGGUGAUUUCAUUUCAUAAACGUUUGAUAACCAAUAAAACUCCGAUACGAACUGUGUAACCGAUACUCAUGCUGCGUAUCAUUCGAGAAAGUAUACCCAUCAAUCAUUAUGUUAUUUGGACAAAAUUGAAAUUCAAUAAACAAUGCUAGCCAUA